AGUAAAGUUCUAUCAGUAGUUGUUUGGAAUCGUAGCGAUUUCAUAGCAACUGAUGCACAUUUAAUCGCGAGUUAGUACGUAUAGAAGUGUAUAAACAAUGCGUCAUAGUGUCUAUAAAAACAAAUACCAUUGAAAUAAUUGGCAAUGUAUAAGAAAAGUUUAAUUGAAACAAGAAAACGGAAAGGAUAAUUGUAAGAAGACCUCUCACCAUAAUGGGAAAAACAAAUACAUUUACAGGCGAGGAACAAAUUGAAAAUGCUAAUCCAGGUGGGAGUUCAAUUGAGGCAUUUUUCGCCGAAUCUGUUGUUUUAAUAACGGGAGCAACAGGCUUUUUAGGAAAAGCACUUGUUGAAAAACUUUUACGAUCAUGCCCACGACUUGCUACAAUUUUCAUUUUAAUCCGUCCAAAAAAGGGACAAACAGUCGAACAGAGAUUUAUGGAACUCAUUGACAAUCCAGUAUACGACAGGAUUCGUUGGGAGUAUCCUGGAACACUAAGCAAAGUAAUUCCAGUAAAAGGAGAUAUGAAUUUACCAGAAUUGGGCCUUAGUCCAGAAGAUAAAGCAAUGUUAAUGCAACGAGUAAAUAUUGUUUUUCAUAGUGCAGCAACAGUAAGAUUUGAUGAGCCAUUAAAAAUAGCAGUUAACUUAAAUACAAAAGGCACUGAUAGAAUGAUAGAACUUUGCAAAAGUAUGUCCAAUCUCGUCAGUAUUAUUCACGUCAGCACUGCUUAUAGCAACGCUGAUCUAUUCGAUAUAAAAGAAGAAGUAUACAGUACAAAAGUAAAACCACAUACUGUUAUCGAUAUGUGUGAAAAUUUGGAUGACGAAACAUUAAGAAUUUUGGAGAAAAAAUUAAUGGGAAGACAUCCUAAUACAUAUACAUUGACAAAAGGAUUAGCGGAGAAUUUAAUAAUGACGAAAGGAGCUGGAUUACCAAUUGCAAUUGUAAGACCAAGCAUUGUUUGUGCCGCUUAUCAAGAACCAUUUCCUGGAUGGGUUGAUAAUGUUUGCGGAAUAACCGGAAUUAUGAUGGAAAUAGGAAGAGGGACAAUUCGAAGUAUUGUUUGUAAUGCAAGAAUGGUUGUUGAUGUUGUACCAGUCGAUUAUGUUGUCGAUACUCUUAUUUGUGCUUCAUGGCACAAUGCAAUCGAACGUACUAACAAUCUUAGAAUUUAUAAUUGCACCAGUGGAACGUUCAAUCCUGUUAAAUGGGGAGAAUUUGGUCGACUCACCAGAAAACAUGCCAUUGAAUCACCAUCAAAAUACGUCAUGUGGUAUCCAGGUGUUACAUUUAGAACAAAUAAAUUGAUUCAUAAAAUAAUGGUUGCAAUGCUUCAUUUUUUUCCUGCGUUUAUUGUAGAUAUGGUUUUGAAAUUCCAAGGAGGUAAACCCAAAAUGAUGAAAAUUACACAACGUUUUCAACGAGCAGCUCUUACGGGAGAAUUUUUUGCCAUUAAUGAAUGGUUCUUUCAUGGGAAUAAUAUGAAUGAAUUAGCAAAAGUUGUAAAAGAAUCAAAUGACGCAGGAUGUUUUAAUGUUGAUAUUACAACAUUAGAUUGGGACAGUUAUGUGCAUCGUUAUAUGCUUGGAAUAAGAAAAUAUAUUUUAAAAGACGGUCCAGAUACAUUGAGUAAAGCUAGAAAUCGACUACUAAAAUUAUAUUGGAUGCACAAAUUUACACAAUUUUUCAGUAUACUUAUUCUAGUGAAAAUGAUCGCUCGAGCUGGUCGGUGAUAACAGAUAAAAAGAAAUAAAAAAAAAAUUUGGGACUUAUUUUGCAAAAUUCUAAAUAUAUAUGAAUGUUACGUUUAUAAAAAUCACUAUUUAAUAAUUGUCUAAAACGGUGCUAUAUAUAAAUACAAUGAAACAUUGUAUAAAAAAGAAA